GCGUGCGUGGCCGCAGCGCAGGGGGCGGGCCCGCGGCGCGCCACCGGAGGAGGAAGUGGUGCGGUUGUUGCUCCCUCCGCGCCCACUGCUGUCUCCCGGGGCGCGGAGAGGGGCAGCUGUCGCCACCGCUGCGUCGCCCCCUCUACUACUGUUUCCCUCCAUGUGCCCCGGCGCCGUCGCUCCCCUUCCUCAGGCCGCCGCUUACCCCGGGGUCUAUGGAAGUAAUGGAAGGACCCCUCAACCUGGCUCAUCAACAGAGCAGACGAGCAGAUCGUUUAUUAGCUGCAGGGAAAUACGAAGAGGCUAUUUCUUGUCACAAAAAGGCUUCUGCAUACCUUUCUGAAGCCAUGAAGCUCACACAGUCUGAGCAGGCUCAUCUGUCACUGGAAUUGCAAAGGGAUAGCCACAUGAAACAGCUCCUCCUCAUCCAAGAGAGGUGGAAAAGGGCAAAGCGGGAGGAAAGGUUGAAAGCCCAGCAGAGCACAGACAGGGAGGCGGCCACCCUGCUGCAGGCAUCUCACAAGCCCUCUUCUGAGGAUGCCGAGGGCCAGAGCCCCCUUCUCUCUGAGAAGUACAGCCCUGCCACCGAGAAGCAUCUGCCUGAAAUUCAGGGGGUCUUUGACAGGGAUCCAGACACACUACUGUUUUUACUUCAGCAGAAGAGUGAGCCGGCCGAGCCGCGCAUCGGAAGCAAAGCCCCCAAAGAUGAUAAGACAAUUAUAGAGGAGCAGGCGACCAAGAUCGCUGAUUUGAAGAGGCACGUGGAAUUCCUUGUGGCCGAGAAUGAAAGAUUAAGGAAAGAAAACAAACAGCUAAAGGCCGAAAAGGCCAGACUUCUCAAAGGCCCAGUAGAGAAGGAGCUGGAUGUUGAUGCUGAUUUUGUAGAAAAGUCGGAGCUGUGGAGCCUGCCGCCACAUUCCGAGACUGCUGCGGCCUCCUCGAGCUGGCAGAAGUUUGCCUCGAACACGGGGAAGGCCAAGGAUAUUCCCAUACCCAAUCUUCCGCCCUUGGAUUUUCCGUCUCCAGAACUUCCCCUUAUGGAGCUCUCGGAGGAUAUUCUGAAAGGAUUUAUGAAUAACUGAAAUGGAAGGCCAUAAAAAAGCUGAGAAGACAAGACAAAUAAUAGAGUGAUACAGUUUAUCCAGAAAAAAAAGGGAAAACCACACAGAGGGUAACUGCAGAGAUGCGCCGUGUGGGGAGAGGCAGCGCGGGGGCCAGGAAACGCUCACUGUGAAACGCGUCACGUGUCUGAUGGGGCACUCGCGCUAAGGAGUCCAGACGGGGCAGACACUAGACUCUCGGAGGCUCACUUUCUCCUGAUACAAACCAAAUGGCUACCUGGAAUAAUUUUUCGAGCAGCAGUUAUUUUUCUUAUCUUCAGGGUUAAAAUGUAUAAAAGUAUGUUAUGUAUAAUUAAUCUGUAAUGCCAUAAAUGAUAAUGCAAAACCUAAAUAAUAUGGCGGCCUGACGGGCCACCUUGUAUUUGAAACAUGCUUUCUAUCAUGCAUUGACUGUAUGCAUUUUGUUAUGCACAUUUCGUUUGUUGAAUAGGUGUGUAAGACACACCUUUCUAGAUGAAACUCUGUGUGCCACACUUUGCACUACUCAUGAUAUAAUGAGAACCUCAAGACUAUCAGGAGAAAUUUAAAUUUCCAUUUUAUGAAGAAAGGAACCAAAUUGUUACGCUUUUUCUUUUUUUAAAUUACCAGUUUACAUAAUUAAUCAGGGUGCAUUUUAAGUUCUAACUUUUUUGUUUAUUGUUUAAAUGUAUCAUCUGAAAGUACUAAGGAAGUAUCCUUUACUGAUGCAUGAGUGGAAGUAAUGGUAGUUGGCAGUGUUUGAUUGUAAGAAGUCAAUAAAGUAAUUGUGUUUCAUA